UUCAUCCGAGUCGUCUGUAUCCAAACUUCUACAUUUCACGGGAAGACUUUGUAUCUCUCGCCAGCGCCAACAACAACAACAACAUCAGGAUGAGCUCGGACGUCGUGAAUGAUGAAAAUCGGGGUUUCUGUCCCAGAGGAAAGCGCAACAGCAGCAGCAGCAGCAGUAGUUGCAGCUCAAGUGACGACAUAUUUUCCCUGGAUCAGCCAACUGGAAGACCGUCCAUCCUGCGGCAGACAGAGAACCUGUCCAGCAACGCCGUGCCCAAGGGGAUGAAGGUCUGUUUUCAGACCCCUCGAAGAGAUCCUGUGACGAAAAGAAUUCUGUCUCCCAGCAAGUCUGUCAGGAUGUCGAGCCUGGAUGAGUGUACAAAAGCAAUGCAGUCCUUGAAUCUGGAUAAGUCAAACACUCCGCUACAGGGAGCCACCCAGCCGCCUGUUCAAGAGCCGUCGUCUUUUCCCGAAGAGGACAUGCCGAUUCAAACCAAGGGGAGCUACCAGCUGGACUUUGACAACCUGGACGCCGUGGAUCCUUUCCAGGGGUCUAACAAGAUGGCCCUCUCCCCUGCAAAGCCUGCGGCUGAGAAGCCUCCGGCAGAUCUCGCCGAGUCUCAUCCAACGCCGGAGAACAUCCCAGAGGAGCCGCGAAAAAUAGACCUGGAUCUUGACGACACGCUGCCGUUCGUCCCGUCUUUGGAGAACUCGCUGGCCGACGGCACGCUGGACAGCAGCUCCAGGGACAGCGGCGUGGUCGUUGUGGCCCGGGUCCUGACGGCCGAGGACCAGGACUCCUCCACAGCCACGCCGCAGUCUGCCGAGAUGUCUGCCAGCACCGAUCGGGACAAACCGUCCGGCAGCUUCCUGGAGGACGCGCCGCUCCCGGCCAAAGGCGCGUACACGCUGGAUUUUGACAACCUCGACGCAAUCAACCCUUUCCAGACCGGCGGCUCUAAGAUUCAGAAUUCACCGUUGUGAAGGCAGCUGCUCAUUUCUCAGCCUUCUCAAGACGAAGGUGAACCUGAGGUUAUCGCUGACACGCCUGAGCUGGUUCAGGAGGUUCCUGUAGAGCCGGAGCAGGAUCCUGCUGCUGCUGUGGAUCCAGUAUCUGACAGCACUGAGGAUGCCCAGACUGAAGCUGAAGACCCCCAGACUCCUGCUGUGGACGCCCAGCCCCCUGCUGAGGAUCCCCAGCCCAUCGACGCCCCGCUCAGACUGGAGUUUAAUUUUGGUGACGACAGCGGGGUGAAGAAAAAGCCUCCUCCGAAGAGGCUGGGCGUGAGGCCUCCCGGUCUGAAAGGCAGGGAGGGAAAACGCACGUCGGACGUGAAGCCUGCAGCAGAGGCUCCUCAGAAACCUGCAGAGAAAGAUCCUGAAGACACUCCAGUUCCCAAGAGCUCCUACUCGUUGGACCUGGAGAAGUUUGACGACCCGUACUUCAACCCCUUUGGCACAAAUACCAAGAUUGGUAAUUCUCCGACGCGCAGCGAGAAAUGUGGAGCUGCUGUCGCCGAGGCCGCCGAGCCAGAUCAGACCAACAACCCUGUGGAGACGGAGGCUGUGUCACCUCCACGAGCUGAGGCGAGCGAACGGACCACCAGCCCCAGAGACGAACCGGAACAAACGGCUGCCGAGGAGAAGGUUGUGUCAGACGAGGAGCCACUGAGUGAAGCUCCAGCGCAGAGUCUCCCUGGGAACUCUGAGCCGUGGCCUCAGGCCGACGUGGCCGACUUGGACCAGGAGUUUGUCCCUGGAGCCACUGUCUUCGCCAAUGACUUUGACGGACAGAUCGACUACCUGGAGCAGUUUGGCUCCAGCAGCUUCAAAGAGUCGGCUCUGAGGAAGCAGUCCUUGUACCUGAAGUUCGACCCCCUGCUGAUGGAGAGCCCGACGCAGUCUGCCGGCCCCGCCGCUCAGACGGACACGCCCCUCCCCGCCGCCUUGCUCCCACGGCCUGAACCUCCCCAGACGGCAGAGAAACACACGACUCCCAAAGCGGAGAAAGACGGAUUCCCGCUGCUGGUCGAUGCUGAAACACCCACUCCGGUCCUGGAGAGCCUCGCGCUGCCCUUCCCUCAGCCGGCGAGCGCCGAGGAGGCCAUCAUCGAGGUGCUGAAAUACAGCCAAAAGGACAUGGAUGCUGCCAUCGCCAGGGUGCAGCAGGAAGGAAAAGAGAGGGAGGAGCAGUGGAAUGCCAAGUACAACAAGCAGCUGAACACGGGUCUGGAGAUGAGGAAAGUGAUUGCAGAAUUUGAGCUUGUGAUCGCCAAAAUGAUGGCUGAUCAGGAGAAGGAGCGUGCUGAUCAGGAGAAGGAGCGGGAGGCGGCCCAGGCCAAACUCAACGAGGUCCUGCUGGAGAAGGAGCAGGUGUCGAGCGACCUGAACACCUUGGAGAAGUCGUUCUCCGACCUCUUCAAGCGGCUGGAGAAGUACAAAGAAAUCAUCGAGGGUUACAAAAAGAAUGAAACCACGCUGAAGGCCUGCGCUCAAGAUUACCUAACCCGCAUCAAAAAGGAGGAGAAGCGAUAUCAGACCCUCAAGGCUCACGCCGAGGAGAAGAUCAGCCAAGCCAACAAGGAGAUCGCCGAGGUGCGGGCUUCAUACAAGGCCGAGGUGUCGGCGAACCAGGCUCAGCUGCGCCGCGAGCAGCUGAAGGCUCAGUCCUUGGAAAACAGCCUGGACCAGAAGGAGAAGGAGGUGGAGGAGCUCACCAAGCUCUGCGACGAGCUCAUCUCAAAAGUGCAGAAGCGAUGAGCCCUCCUGGAAGCUUACCUUGUAAAUGUUCCUGUCAGUUUUUCUUCUCGUUGAGGUCCAGAUCAGCUUCAUGUGUUGUUUGUUAUUAUUUUUGUUGUUCUAUUACUGUAAAACUAAUAAAUAAAGGAUGAUUACAACUUUA